GUAAAGGUUUUCCCCUGACGUUAAGUCCAGUCGUGUCCGACUCUGGAGGUUGGUGCUCAUCUCCAUUGCUAAGCCGAAGAGCCGGCGUUGUCCGUAGACACCUCCAAGGUCAUGUGGCCGGCAUGACUGCAUGGAGCGCCGUUACCUUCCCGCCGGAGCGAACUCUCGGAUGUCUUCAGCAUCUGGAUGCAGCCAUGGUGGUAGAGGUGUGCAGUUUCUUUGGGGUCUAUCUGCUCUACUGCACCAAUCCACGGUACCAUGGACGCAUCUACAUUGGCUUCACAGUCAAUCCUGAACGGCGUAUCAUUCAGCACAAUGCCGGGAAACGCCGAGGUGGAGCCUGGAAGACAAGCGGCCGUGGGCCUUGGGACAUGGUGUUGAUUGUCCAUGGUUUUCCUUCAGAUGUAGCAGCCCUCCGGUUCGAGUGGGCCUGGCAGCACCCACAUUCCUCCCGCCGCCUCAACCAUGUUACCCGCCGCACAUCCCGGGAGCGUCAGUUUGACUUCCACCUGCGUGUCUUGGCCCACAUGCUCCGCACUGCGCCCUGGUGCCGCCUGCCCCUCACCAUCCGUUGGCUCAAGCAGGAAUAUGCUCGAGACUUCCCUCCAGACUUGGAGCCUCCUCUGCACAUGCCAGUGGCCUUUGGGCCAGUGAGAGCUGUCAAGGAGACCAAGGGAGCAAAGGCAGCACCUUCAGAGGGACAGGGAGUGACUCUGAAACGUUGUAGCGUCUGUCUGAAAAGGUUCCAGGAAGGAGAUGAUGACAUUCUCCUGCAUUGUUUUCACCCAGGGUGCACCAUGGUUGCACAUAUCAUGUGCCUGGCUAAUUUUUUCCUAGAGAAAGAACCAGAUCACAUCCUGCCCAUAGAAGGCCCGUGCCCAGGUUGCAAGAAUCUUGUGCUUUGGGGAGAUCUGAUCCGUCAUCAUAAAGGCUGUUAUGGUGACCUAGAGGCUGAUCCCACAUCCUCUCAAGAACACUGGGCUAAUGAACUGCAACUGUGAAGUGCCUUUUAAAGAGGUGAUCAAGGUUCGUCUUCUCCAGAAUAACCAGGAACACCAGGAUUUAGUGUGGAACAGCUCCUUUGACUCUUCUGCAUGUGGAGUAUUCUUCUACUUCCCUUUUCCCAGCUGGAUCUGGGACUUUCAAAAUUCCAGCCCCAGAAUCAUGCAUCAAAUGAACUACUUAAUUUUAUGAAGUGCAAUAAUGAAAUAAUGGACCAAGAAUUGGGCAUAUCUAUGAAACUAGUAUGGUAUGUGUGGGACAGGAUUCAUAGCCUCUAAGAAGAACAAAGAGUAAGCAUUGACUGGAUCAAGGAAAUGUAACAUUGGGUUGCCCAAGACAUUUGGACUGCAAAUCCCAUAUUUUCUGACUUGAUCAUGCUCAUCGUGGCUUCUGCAGCUGUAGUAUAAGAUAUUUAGAAGGUGCCAGGUUCCCUUCAAUUGAACUAGAUUAUUGAACAUUUUCUCCAGCUCAUAUGCCUUAAUUUUUUGGCAGCAAGUGCAUUGAACUGGCAUUCCAGUGUAUCAGAUCACUGACAUUAUGAAGUAGGAAUAGAGAUGUGAAAUGAGUAUGCAACUGUAUAGGAGCCAGUUCCCUCUGUGGAGGCACCCCCAUGGGUAGCACUUCCCCCAGCAAGCCUGAAUACAUAUUUUUCUUUCAAUGUGGUGACAGGAAAUGACAUAACAUCACUUUGUGUUGCCAUUUUAAGACCGUGUCGGAAAGGGAGUUUACAAAUACAAUGUUUAACUUUUUUGGUAUAAUUUAACACUCACACUUCACUGUGGGAACAAAAUGUAAAAGCCCUUAGAUUUGAAAAGGCUCAGAACUUUAUAAUGUUCUUUUAAAACAAGAGGAAGAUUCUGCUAUAUAAAAAAGCCGAAUCUUCCCUUUUGCCUUAAUUUAAAUACACAACCAUCUGCACCAGGGAUGGGAAUCAUGUCGUUUUAAGUUUCCCAUCAUUCCUCACCAUCAGUUCGUUAGAGCUUCUGGGGUUAGAAGUCAAAUAUCAUCAGAACACUUCCAUGAUUGGUUACAUCCACAGAAUGAACCGCCAUGGCUAAGAACCCUCAGGUGCAUACAAAUGCAAUAAGCAUCCUGCUUAAGAAACAACAACCAUUGACAGGUUUUACUAAAACCAAUGUUUGGACUUGUGAAUGUUUGAUAAGCAUGAAUUCUUCAGUCAAACUUCUCACACAAAGUCUAGGAAAACAGCAAAAUAUAUUAUUACAUUGCAUUGGUUUUUUUUUUAAAAGGAAUGAGGUGAUUAACAGUCAUGUCAGUUUGGCCUCAUUUAAUUAAAACAGCAAAAUCAUACUGCAGUCCUGUGUGACCGCUGCAAAGGAACUUCCCUUGGACCCUAUAAAGUCCUCCUUAGCAACAGUAGACCCUGAAGAGGAGCCAGGUGUGUCUGUUUUUAAAAAAUUCAGUCUGAUUUCCUUGCAGCUUGAUUUGUCAAAUCUUCAGUUACUGUGUACUUUUGCCUUUAACAACAGCUUGAUAUGCAGAGAUGAAUAGGUGACAAUUUUGUGUCAAUGCUGUGAAACCUGUUGAUUUUUGUAUACAUAGAUAUUAAAGGAAUACAAGCACA